UUAUCCGAUAUACAGUUGUCAUUUUUAUCACGUGUAUGCAUAAUACACUACUGGUAUUUAUAUGUGAAUUUGCUUUGCAUUUCAUGUGCAUUAAUCAUUAACAAUAUCAAAUCGUUAAUAACUAUAUCUAGAAAACCCAACGAUGCCGAUACCAUACUUUACGGAAACUCCCGACGAAGAAAUAUCAGCAAAUCGCGCACAGAUUCCACAGAAAAAUCGAUUCCGCCACCUGUGUUCACAGGUAAUGCAAGUGUCACAGAUAUCAACAAAUGGUCCUCGCGGAGCUUGAGGAAUAACAUUACCAGUGAAAAAGUUAGGCGUGUACAUUCGAUCCAUAAUGAAGUGAUAUUUCACAUAUGGAGUGGUCGUAAGUGGGUCUUGAAUAACAGGGGAAUAUUAAAAUGUGCAGUAAUAAACCGAGAUAACUUGACAUUUUAUUGUUCAAGCAUUGAAUGAAUGUGUGUCAUUAUUAAGUCGAUUAUUUUGAAUUGUAGAAACUGGAGACAAAUACUGGUUUUCAAAGAUGAUCGAGAAUGUCCAGUGCGAAGAGAUGCGAACCAUUUUCUGGUCCAACUAACGGUCCCUUCUAUAGCCGUUACACAGAACAUAAAGUUGUCUUCAAUUUCCAUGCACCUACUCCUCCAUCACCGCAUAGACCUUUGUCUGCCGAUAAUGCCCUUUCACCCCUGACCUUACGAAACAAUGACACUCAUAGUCAAAGUUUUAGAUUAGCUUCUAAAGAUUUUGGAAGUCCUUUAUGCCAUAGAAAACUUUGUGAUCAGCGUAGUUACUCUGCUGGCGAAACUGCUCUUGAUUUCCCAUUCUCAGUAUCUCGCGACAAUUCAUCAGAAGGCUCAUUUUCACCAUAUCCAAGCAGUCCAACUGAAUUCCGUGCAAUAUCACCAAAUCCAACACUGUAUAACAGUCCUCUGUCAGCUUUCCGAAGCAGCUCAGUGGACAGCAAUUGUAUAUCACCAAGGAGUGCAAGUUCCGUGGACUCGGCAAAGGACAGAAGAUUUGCAUUCUUUGAGAAAAACUCUGUGAUUAAUAACUAUAAUCAAAAACCAAAGACAAAAUUUGCAAACGUUAUAAAUAAACAUUCAGUGUCCAUAUUUGCAGCAGCUGCUUUUAAAGGUGCACAUGAAAAACUGCGGACAAAGAAACUGACAGUCUCUUGUCCGGAACUAAUUAACAAAAGAAAUCCUACAGAAAUUCCAGUGAAGGUUAACCACAGUGUUUCCGCUCUGGAUAGCAUAGCGAAAAAGGAAUCUGAUCAGUAUUCUGGGAGCAAAAGCCUGAAAGUCCCUGAUAUAUUCACCACAUCCUUUACACAUUCUACUGCCACUGACACUAAACCAACAUUACAAAAGUCUUCUCUCAGUCUACAAGAGUACACAUCACUGAAAAACAGCGAGAAAAAUAGUCUUCAACGAACACUUUCACUAACAAAAACGGAUCCCGACGACUUAAGAAUUGGCUGUUUGCUAUCUCCAAAUAUGUACCGUGACGAACAAAUAGCGCAGAUUACAGAGUACAUGUUUAUAGGUAGUAUAGAGUCAGCUUAUAAUGAAAGAAGGUUGUGUCGUUUGGACAUAGAGUCAUUGGUGGACAUUAGUAAUCUAAAUGAGAUGCAGGUACCCGCGCAGAAAAAACUAGCUUGUCCUUGUCUCUGUCAAAUUGAGUUUAAACACUUCCGAUCUCGCUUGAUCAUAGCUGUGCCAGAUGAAGAAAAUGAAGCGAUAGAUCAGUAUUUUGAAGAAGUGAAUAAGUUCAUUGAAGGAGCAAGGCGUUGCUCAAAGAAGGUUCUGAUAUAUAGCUAUGAAGGGAAAUCUAGAGCAGCCCUUUUUGCAGUUCAGUAUCUGAUGUCUUAUGAAGGUCUAUUACUUCGUCAAGCGUACAAUAUGGUGAAAAAGCAGAGACCACAGGUGUCUUUAAACCCGUCAUUUCAGAAAGCUCUUGAAAAACUUGAAAAGACGUUAUUUCCGGAUGAGAAACAUUCUGUAAAUAUUUGUAAUGAAUAUUUAAACGUUGCCGAUCCACAGGCAAUCAAAUGUGCCUGGAUAGACUGCUAGAUAUUGCGUGCUGAAGGAAUGCAGAGUUUUUUUUCUUGAUUGCCUGAUAUUGCCUCGUAGAAAAUGUGUCUGUAAGAUUAAUGUAAGUUUCUUUGUGCUGAACCGACAAUGUUAAACAAAAGGGGAAAACUAAACAGGUUACCCAUUUAGACUUGUGUGUGUGAUAGAAUGUCGCAGCAAAUGUGUGAAAAUUAUGUCAUGACUAAGUCUAAGUAAAUGAACUUCAUAACUUCUUACUUAACUUACUGACAGAAUCAAGUCUAUCGUUCAUAAACAUGAUAAUAGUCGUCCAUAAACAUGAUAAUAGUAGUGCCUGAAUAAUUUAAUUAGAAGUGAUGUAUGUGAUAACUUCCAUUUCAUUGUCUUCAUAAUGUUACAUGUAAUAUUUAAGUCAUUAAUGUGAAUAAUCAGUUACUUACACGUGAAUAUGAGUAGUAUCAAAUAAUUUAUCAAACUGACGUUAUCAGAAAUUGAACUUUUAUUACCUAAAUACUUUUAGUUAUCAAGAUACUGUUAUAUUAAUACUGUUGAAUAUCAGGUUUCUGUUGAUUAAAUGUUUUUAUUCUAGUUAAAGUUUCUUUUACAAGAAUUAUAAUGUUACCCAAAUUAUAUCAGUUCUACAAUUUC